CUCACUCUCCUUGUCUUCCUCUCUCCCCGGUGCUGGGGCGUCGCCUACCGUCUUCUGCUACUUCCUCUCGCUCUGUAUUAAUCAAUUGAAUUGAAUUAUCGCGCCAUGUCGACUCCCCUCCUCGUCUCCUACGACCCCGCCGCCCCCUCCACCGGCGGCUUGUCGCUCAAGCAGAUCGCCUACUUUGGUCGCGUUCUCAUCAAGGUAUCCAGUCUUGCUCAGGCAGAGGAAUUCCUUAAGCGCAACUUUCGUCUGCUUGAUGUCUACGUCGAUGCCACCGCCAUUGCCUCCUCCGGUGACCUGGUUGACAUUCUCAACGCCGGUGCCGCCAAGAUCUUCGUCACACUGAACCAAUUGACUGCUCUGUCGGAAGAACAGUCCGUCCCCUCCUCCAGGAUUGUCGCCAUUGCCUCCGAGGGUCAGAUCAAUGCCUUCCAAUCGUGGGUUGGCAGAUCCGCCGAGCGCCAAGAGGCCAGUUUAUCGACUGAUGCCUCCGCCAUCAAGUCUCUGGCGGAGCAGCUGAACAUGAACCUCGAGGCUCAGAACCUUUUCCGCACAUACUCUGGCGCUGUCACCGAGGAGGCGUUGAAGGACACAAUGAGCCAAGGCGGUGUCAGUGUCGUGCCCGCCGACGCUCUGACCUUCGACCAUCAACAACCCAACGGCAAGAUCGUCGCGGCCUCAUUGGUCGCUGCCCGCGCUGUGACCGACCAGAGCAACGGCCUUUACGCAACUACCGUCACCGAUGAGAGAGGUAUCUGCUUGGGAUUGGUCUGGAGUAGCAACGAAAGUAUCGCAGAGGCUCUUCGCACCGGUACCGGCGUCUACCAAAGCCGCAAGCGUGGCUUGUGGUACAAGGGUCAGUCUAGCGGCGAUGUGCAGGAACUGAUCCGAGUCGGGUUCGAUUGCGACAGCGACUGCUUGGUCUUCGUUGUUAACCAGAUCGGUAGAGGUUUCUGUCACCUUGGAGCCCCCAGCUGUUUCGGACCGUACAACGGCCUCUCCCGUCUGCAGAAGACUUUGCAAGCCCGCAAGGCUGAUGCUCCCGCCGGAUCCUACACUGCACGUCUUUUUAACGAGCCCAAGCUCACUCAAGCCAAGAUCAUGGAGGAGGCUGAUGAGCUGUGCCGUGCCAACACCAAGGAGGAGAUUGCUUUUGAGGCUGCCGAUCUACUCUACUUUGCUCUGACUCGCUGUGUUGCCGCUGGUGUCAGCCUCGAGGACGUAGAGCGAAACCUGGACCUCAAGAGCUUGAAGGUCAAGCGCAGAAAGGGUGAUGCCAAGGGCCCUUGGGCGGAGAAGGCAGGUUUGACCACCGCCACUCCCGAAUCGAAGCCUGCUGCCCCCGAACCGGCUGCUAAGAAGGCGGACGAGCCUCUCCAGAUGACUCGUGUGGUUACUGCCUCCACUCCGGUCGACGUGGUGAAGGAAUACCUCAAGCGCCCUUCCCAGAAGUCCAACGAUGCGAUUGUCGCUCUUGUUCGCCCCAUCAUCCAGGAUGUCCGCGAGAACGGCGAUGCUGGCGUGCUCAAGUACACCCACAAGUUUGAGAAGGCCACUUCCCUGACCUCUCCGGUCAUCCGUGCCCCGUUCGCACCUGAGUUGAUGAAGCUGUCUCCCGAGACCCAGGAGGCCAUCGACAUCAGUAUUGCCAACAUCCAGAAGUUCCACAGCGCUCAGAAGGGCAACCCCGAAGGCCUCAAGGUUGAGACCAUGCCGGGUGUUGUGUGCUCUCGUUUCUCACGCCCCAUUGAACGGGUCGGUCUCUACAUCCCCGGUGGCACGGCCGUCCUGCCGUCCACGGCCAUGAUGCUGGGUGUUCCUGCUAUGGUGGCUGGCUGUGAGAAGAUUGUUCUCGCCUCUCCUCCUCGUGCUGACGGCAGCAUCUCUCCCGAGAUUGUCUAUGUCGCUCACAAGGUCGGUGCGGAGAGCAUCGUGCUGGCUGGUGGUGCCCAGGCGGUGGCGGCUAUGGCGUACGGUACCGAAAGCGUCAGCAAGGUAGACAAGAUCUUGGGUCCUGGCAACCAGUUUGUCACCGCUGCCAAGAUGCUGGUCUCCAACGACACCUCCGCCGGUGUCAGCAUUGACAUGCCGGCCGGUCCUAGCGAGGUGUUGGUGAUUGCGGACAAGGAUGCCAAUCCGGCUUUUGUGGCCUCCGAUCUUCUCAGUCAGGCCGAACACGGUGUGGACUCUCAGGUCAUCCUCAUUGCGAUUGAUCUGAACGAAGAGCAGCUCCAGGCUAUUGAGAAGGAGGUAGAUGUUCAGGCCAAGGCUCUCCCUCGCGUGGACAUUGUCAAGGGCUCACUCGCCCACUCUGUCACCUUCGUUGUGCGUGACCUGGCCGAGGCUAUGGCUCUCAGCAACGAAUACGCUCCGGAGCACCUGAUCCUGCAGAUCCAGAACGCCGAGGCCGCUGUCGCUACUGUGAAGAACGCCGGCAGUGUGUUCGUCGGGCAGUGGUCCCCCGAGAGUGUGGGUGACUACUCCGCAGGCACGAACCACUCACUUCCUACCUACGGAUAUGCCAAGCAGUACUCCGGUGUGAACCUCGGGUCCUUCCUCAAGCACAUCACCAGCUCGAACCUGACUGCUGAGGGCUUGCUGGGCCUGUCUCGCACGGUUGAGCGGUUGGCUGCGGUUGAAGGUUUGGAUGCGCACAAGCGGGCUGUGAGCAUCCGCGUUGCGCACAUGAAGAAGCAGCAGCAGCAGUAAUCUGAUGACGAAUCCUUGAUGUUUUUUCCUUUCUUUAGCAGGUGGUUACGAUUUGACGUUGAUGCGUAUUUAAUGCAAGCAUAGCCAAUCAGAAAAGUAUGAUUUCCUUGUGACAAUCAAUGUACAAUAUGAAGAACAUUUGGUAUCU